AUGGUUUCGUUCGCCUCCAUGCAUCACCCAAUAUCUCCCGCCAUCUUUUAUUGGGGCACUCCCAUCGUGCUCAUCACGACCGAGAACGAAGAUGGUACUUUCAACAUCGCGCCCAUGUCCUCGGCUUGGUGGCUCGGCAAUCGUUGUAUGCUCGGACUCGGAGAGAUCUCCCAGACCACCGUCAAUCUCAUGCGUACAAAACAAUGCGUCCUUAAUCUCCCCUCGGAUGACAUGAAGAACCCGGUCAAUAGUUUGGCCCGCACCACCGGUACAGCAGAUGUUGCCACUGCGGAGCCUCAUAUGGGGUACAAAUACUUCAAAAGGAUGAACGGAUACGAAUAUGUGCAUGACAAAUUCGGACAUGCGAAUUUGACGCCGCAGUGUUCAGACCUUGUCAGACCAGCCCGCAUCGCUGAAUGUCCCGCGCAGAUGGAGGCGGAGCUUGUUGGCACUUAUGGGAUGAUGAAGGACAUCGGCGUGAGUGGUUUGAUCGCACUGGAGGUCAAGAUCCUGCGUACCCAUGUGUGGGAUUCCAUCAGGAUGGCCGGGCACAGCAACCGUAUCGAUCCGGAUAAGUGGCACCCGAUGAUUAUGAGUUUCCAAGAACUUUACGGGCUCAAUCCGAAGAAAAUCUCGGCCUCCGCCUUGGCUCAGAUCGAGGAGGAGAGGUACAGGCCAUUCUCCAAUGCCCUGGAAGAGGAUUCUGGCGAUGACGAGACCAAGUCGAGUGUUUGA